GGUAUCUUAGCAACGUCUGGGCUUUCGGGCUAUGUGGGGGCUCGGAGCUCAGAGGCCAGAGUCAGGCUAGGCCUGGGGGAGGACGGGUCUCAGGACCCGAGGGUUCCACGUCUGGCCUGCAGUAGGGGGCAAGACGCGAGCACCUACGCUAAAGGGGAGCAAAGCCGGGCGCGGCGCGAGGCCCCCAGGACCUCCAUCUCCCAAUGCCGGAGAUUUCCUCGUCUAUGAAAUGGGAAUGAAAAUUACCGCAGGAAGUUUGAAAAUUAAAUCAGAUGUAAAGUGCUUAACACAAUAUCUGACACAAAGCCCUCAGAAUCCACCACGUGACAGUCGGAUUGCCGUCUCUGGCUAGAGGAGCCCUGUUAGCGCCAUGGCUCCCAAGAAGCCUCUCUGCCUUCCCUCCCUGCUGCUGCCGAUCCUGACGCUGCUGCUGCCCCAGGCCGGCACUCGGUCGUUCGUAGUGGAUCGAGAUAAUGGCAGAUUCCUCCUGGAUGGGGUCCCGUUCCGCUACGUGUCUGGCAGCCUGCACUACUUUCGGGUACCUCGGGUGCUUUGGGCUGACCGGCUUUUCAAGAUGCGAAUGAGUGGCCUCAAUGCUGUACAGUUUUAUGUACCCUGGAACUACCAUGAGCCAGAGCCUGGGGUCUAUAACUUCAAUGGCAGCCGGGACCUCAUUGCAUUUCUGAAUGAGGCAACUAUAGCGAACCUGUUGGUCAUCCUGAGACCAGGACCGUACAUCUGUGCAGAGUGGGAGAUGGGGGGUCUCCCAGCCUGGUUGCUUCGAAAACGUACAAUUCAUCUGAGAACUUCAGAUCCAGGUGAGUUGAAACAAAAGAUUUAACACAGAAAAAGCCAAUGAAAACAACAAAGGGGGUCAUUUGGGUGCCCCAAACAGAGACCAUCCCCAAAUUGGAGAUCAUGUGUUCAAAUAUUUAUUGAGGUUUCCUUCGUGCCAAGCAGAAUGCUAGAAACUGGGGGAUUAGACAGACCCAGUUCCUGUUCAAUGGAGCUUAGAGUGAAAGAAACAGAUUUAAAAACUAAGAACCUAUAAGAUUAUUACAAACUGUAAAAAUACCACACAAGGAAAACACAAGUG